AUGGCCCCUUGGGGGCCUGCAAUGGACAAACAGAGGCCAUGUGAACUUGCAAAUAGUAACGAAGUCAAAAGUAGCUACCACAUGGAAAAAGAAGGGUUGAUCAGAAGUGUGAGGACCUUCAAUGAUGCUGGAAUUACUAUACAGAAGAUUGUUACAGAUCGUCAUGUACAAAUUUUGAAAUGGGUCAGGGAAAAUAUGCCUAAAACAAAACACUGUGUAGAUAUCUGGCAUGUAGCAAAGGGAUUAAAGAAAAAACUGACAGCAAUAUCCAAGGAUAAAGAUUGUGAUGCCUUAACACCUUGGAUAAAGAGUAUCAGCAACCACCUUUAUUGGGUAGCUGCAUCAACUCCGUCUGCAGAUCUUUCCCUAAUGAUGGAAAAGUGGCAGAGUGUAGCAAACCAUGUACAAAACAUACAUGAAGGUCAUGGAUCUCUGUUUGAGAAGUGUUGUCAUGGUGACCUGUCCGGUAGAGAAAGGCAGAAGAAAUGGAUUAAACCAGCAACCAAGGUUAGUGAAAGACUAGAUGAUGUCAUUCUCUCCAAUCAGAUGAAGAAAGACAUUCCUAUGUUGUCCACAGGACAACAGACUUCCAGCAUAGAGGCAUACCAUUCUGUCAUAAAUCAUUUUGCACCAAAAAUGAUUGGGUUUUCAUACCAUGGGAUGAUAUGUAGGUUGCAGUUAGCAGCCCUUCACUUUAAUGAAAACCGCUCCAAAUUACAAGAAGUCGAUAAAGACGGU